ACUUGAUGCAAAUGACUACAGAGCUCUCCACAGUGUAUGGAGAGACAAAGGGCUGUGGGUCAGAUAUCGUGAUAAAGCGAUUGUAAGAAAAGAAAUCGUUCCUUCAUGUAGCGACAGUGACAGACAACGCUCUUUUUAAGGUCGAUACGUUUGGUGUAGCCAAUCUAGGAAAUGGAGAGACGUUGUCAUGCUAUCGAUCAGUACGUUGAGGGAAAGUUCUUGGACACCUUCCUGCUCUACCUGCCGCAUCUAGACUGUACAUAUAAAGUGCCUGUUUAUGAGCUUGCCAAACCUAUGGGUUUGUGAUGUGAUGUCUUUACAGUAUGAGCCUAUAACUUGAGUGAAAUAGCCACACAGCUUCAGCUCUAACUGAAUGUCGCAUGACUUGUUUAGCUAGAGCAUCACUUUAAGUAGUGCACUUUUAGGGGAAUAGAUUUGCCUCGAUUAAAACCGUUCUCGUGAAUAGUGCAUCGUUCGUGAACGAUCUGAUCAGUACGCGCGUAAGGGAUGCGAUUUCAUGAGAUUCCCAUGUAAUGUGGAUUUCGCAACUUUAUUAGCUCUACUGUCUUUUUAAAAGAAAUAUUCGAUAUUACUACAAUGUUCUCAGAGACACGGUCUGUGUACCUUCAGCAAUGAAUAUCAAUAAAUGAACAAUGAGCGGUAUGUUAAAACGGUACGAUGGAAUAAAACGCUGAUGUCAGAACGGAGGCAUUUUUGUCGACCGCUUUCAUGACUUCCUGCAUAGUUAAUUAGUUUCAUAACAGUUAAACAAGAAGUCAACAUCGGGCAUCUGGGACAGUGUUGUAUUUUAAUGUAUCGUGAAUGAUUACAGAAUAUGAAUCCUUACACAUCAUGUAAUAGCGUAUAGAUACAUAUAUAUUAGAGUGUAUAAAUGAAAAAAAUAAGUUCUCCUCUUAAGUGGAUGAGGACAAUGAAAAGGCACUGUCUAUACACCUGCCGUUAAAAAGAAACGCUUAAGCGAGUUGAAUUGCAAACAAAACCGACCCGGCUGAUGGAGCGCUCUGACAUAGAUUAGCGAUGAUCGACAGGAGAGGAGCACUUGAGGAGACAAUCUGAUUUCAGCUGGGGCCAAUUAGUACCCCUCUAGCCACAACUCUGGAUCUGUCAGUCAGGACGUUCACAUGGACGACGAUAAUCCGAUAUGAACCCGAUUAAGACGAUACUCUGAUUAAGAAACUGGCAUGUAAACAGAUUAUCGAUGACCUUGAUCCGAUUAAAGUCGUACCCGAAGUAAACACGAAUGGAAUUGAGACGUGUUGCGUAUUCCUGUUUUAGUCGCAUCAUGGACGUGCGUUACAGACACGUAAACACCUUAAUCACGCUAUUAACGUCGUGUGGGAGUUUUCACCGCAUUGUGCGACAGGACACGUACACACACGGCAGCGCUCAAGCGUUUGACGGCGAACAAGAGAGCACGGCCGCGUCCCAAACCGCGUACUUACCCGCUAUAUAGUAGGUGAAAUACGUGUAGGUAAGCACACGGUUUGGGACGCAGCCCACGGCUUCAAGCGGUCGCCUGUUAGCACGUACAGCACGAGAAAUAAUUAACCGCACUUGAAGCGUUCGUAAAAUUAAAAAUGAAACACCCAGAACGGUAUACGGUUCCAUAACGAAGACCAACUGUAUGUCGAUACGUGAAAUUCCCGAGGGAACGUCGGACGGCGUGGCGCGGCGACGUAAUGACGUGUGCCGUUAAUCGAUCUAUGUUCUAUGACAUGUAAAACGGUACGUGAAAGGAGUAUUCUAAAAGCGACUCAUGUAAACACCUUAAUCAGAAUAUUGUCUUAUUCAGAAUAAGCUCAAUAAUUAGAUCACCGCUAUCCGUGUAAACGUAGUUUUAAGGAAACUCACUGUUUGAAGGAAAUAUCAGUUCUCUAAAUUGACCUAAAAAUAACCAUUAGAGAACAUUCUCUAGCCGAUAGGUUCUCUUUAGGUUGCCCCCCCCCCCCAAAAAAAAAUAAAAAAAUAAAAAUAAAACACCUCCCUGCAACGUUCUGGUAAGCUUAGUUUUUGUUUCUAGAACGUUAUUAUUUGGUUCCCCCCAAAAAUAAAUAAAUAACCAAACUGGAACCAUAUCCUAACGUUAGGGGAACGUGCUGUGUUUGCUUGGAGAAGAAGAAGAAGAACAACAACAACAACAACAACAACAAACACACGCUACAUCUGUAAACAGCUGUAAACACAUAUAGGAAAACGGUCGCGCGCGUAAAGCUGAAAAGAUGAUCACCUUCCCCUCCGUCUGAGCCGGUGGUACAGUCCAGAGAUGCUGAUAUAGCGAGUAUGAGAGAGGUUUGUCUCCAAGACUUGCGCUCUCUGUCUGCGGUUAAUGAAGGUACGAGGGGAAUUUCACUCAUCUCAUCAGGUGCCAUUCUGCACCGCUUAUUCGCACGCGCUUAGAUGGAUAGAUAGACCUCAUGCCUCCUAGGAAUGUGUACAGUGAUUAGAACUGCGAAACUAAUGGGCAACACAUCGAAACAAGACUUCAGUGCGAAAUGUCCUGCGUAGUUGAGCCGAUGAAUGAAGCUGAAUGAGCUUUGUGGGGGCAUUUCCAGCCAUGGAAGAGAUGAACUAUACAUCCUACCCACCAAUGUCCAGAGCACAGCGGGAGAUGGAAAUGUCAUACAGCAGCUCGUCGGAUGAGAGCGAUGAUGGCCACCAGCCCAAAUCUUACACAUCCCAGACCUUACCUGAUUAUGGUCAAGAUGUCAGCUACCACAGCCACAAUAUAAGACAGUCAACUUUCAGUGUGAAGGGACAAGAGCCAGAGUUUGGCAAGCCUGAUAAGAUGCUGAGUGGUAACUUCGAUGAGGAGCAUGACUAUUCACUUCGUGCGUCUCCGGGCUCAGAUGUGGACGAUGAAGCUGAUGUAGAAGUGGAUCCAUCACCCAGCAUUUGUCUCUGGAUGGGGGAAGCGAAGUCAGAGCCGAGCUCCUGUUUGUCCAGCCGUGCCAAUUCGGUUCUCUCUCUUACCGACACAGAGCAAGACAGGAAGUCGGUCUGCAAAAAUGAGCUCCCUAGGUGUCCAAGUGGGCAGUUCGCGUUCCGACCCCUGCCUCUUCCACCUCCGCCACCACAUGCCUGCACCUGUUCUCGCCCGGCGCCCUAUGCCCACUCCACGAUGCAGAGGAACACCAUACCUGUCCACGACUGCAGCCAUUCCAACCAAGCAUCAGAACUGAGCACCAGACAACCAGACAACAACUGGGUGCUCAAUAGGAACAUCCCACUGGAAGCCAGGCAUCUCCUGUUCAAACAUGGGCCAGGCUCCUUGCAAGCCACAGCCAAUCAGGACUACCCACUCUCCUCCAGCACAAUUUACUCUCCACCCCCACGUCCUCUGCCCCGCUGUACUUUCUCCCGGCCCACGUUCAUUUUCAACAAGCUGCACAAGUGCUGCAACUGGAAGUGUACUGCCCUCAGCGCCACAGCCGUCACCCUUAUGCUGGCCCUCCUUCUCACUUACGCUAUGGCCGUGCACUUCUUUGACUUGACGUGGCACCUGAAGCCGUCGGAGGCGCAUCUGUAUGAGAACAGCAUCAGCAAGGAAAAUUUGGGCUCAAAGAUGAGUGCCAUCACCCCACUGGACAAAUACAGCAGGGACAAGAUCCAACGAGGCCCCAAAGGAGAUAAGUACCAGCGAGGGUGGGCCCUAGAGCAUGAAGAGGUGGACAUUGGGACCCAGGUGGUGCAGGUGAUCCCACCCGGGCUGUUCUGGCGCUUCCACAUGGCUGUGCAUCGCCCAACUUAUAUCAAAUUCAACCUUUCCGUCUCUCAAAACGCUUUACUUGGCAUCUACGGAAGGCGGAACAUCCCACCCACGCACACGCAGUUUGACUUUGUGAAGCUCCUGGAUGGAAAGCAGUUGAUCAACUUGAACUCUGAGCAGAGGAACCUGCAGCUUCACUCCCUGCAGGAAACAGGCUUCAUUGAGUACAUGGACCCUGGAACGUGGUACUUGGCACUUUACAAUGACGGCAAGAAGGUGGAACAAGUCUUGCUUCUGAGCACCACUAUUGAGGCCAUGGAAAGAUGCUCCUCCAACUGCAAUGGCAAUGGCGAGUGUGUUGCUGGUCACUGCCACUGUUUCCCCAGCUUUCUCGGACCAAACUGUGAGAGAGACACAUGCCCAGUACUGUGCAGCGGUAAUGGCGAAUAUGGAAAAGGUCGGUGCAUAUGCCACGAGGGCUGGAAAGGGCCAGAAUGCAGCAUCCCGGCAGACCAGUGCAUUGACCCAACCUGUUCCAACCAUGGAGAGUGUGUCCAAGGCGUCUGCAUCUGCAUCCCCGCGUACAAGGGCAACAACUGCGAGCAUGUGGACUGUUUGGACCCCCACUGUGCAGGACACGGGGUCUGUGUGAAGGGUGAGUGCCUGUGCUCACCUGGCUGGGGUGGCAUAAGCUGUGAGAACCCGCUUCCCGCCUGUCAAGAGCAAUGCUCUGGUCAUGGCACCUAUAUGCCUGAGCGUGGCACCUGUGUGUGCCAACCCAACUGGACUGGAUCCGACUGCUUCACAGAGCUAUGCCCGGUGCCCUGUGGAAGUCAUGGUAUUUGCUCAGAGGGCAGGUGCCAGUGUGAGGAGGGCUGGGAGGGCAGUAUAUGUGAGCAGCGGUCAUGCCACCCACACUGCGAGGAGCACGGCCAGUGCAUAGACGGAAAAUGCCAAUGCCAGUCAGGCUGGGAGGGUGAACACUGCACCAUUGCACAUGGUCUGGAUGCUGUUGUAAAAGAUGGAUGUCCGGGGUUAUGUAAUGGCAAUGGCCACUGUACUAUGGAGCAGAGCGGUUGGCGUUGUGUGUGCCAGCCUGGCUGGAGUGGCCCAGGCUGCAACACAGUGACAGAGCGUGAGUGUGAGGACAAUGUUGACAAUGAUGAAGACGGACUUACAGACUGUGUCGAUCCAGACUGUUGUCAGCAGUCGAGCUGCAGUAAUAAAUCCUACUGUCAAGGAGCUCCUGAGCCACUCACUUUGCUCCGGCAGACCCGAAGCCAGCUAGAUCCGACCCCUCUGUCCAAGCACACCUUCUUUCAGCGAGUCCGCUUCCUCUUGGGCAAGGCUAGCACGCACACACUGCACGGAGACUUGCCUUUUGAUGCCAGUCGAGUGGCUGUGGUGCGAGGGCAGGUGGAGACAGUGGAUGGUACCCCUCUGGUUGGAGUCAAUAUCACCUUCCUUCAGCACUUGGAGUAUGGAUAUACCAUCAGUCGGCAGGAUGGCAGUUUUGACCUCGUGGCACCAGGCGCCGUCUCUGUGACUCUGAUGUUCCAGAGGCCGCCUUUUCUCACACAGAGACGCACAAUAUGGCUGCCUUGGAACAACUUCCUGGUGCUGGACAAUGUGGUCAUGGCUGAGAAGGAGGUCGUGCUCCAAUCCUGCGAUGUCAGGAACUUCAUCAGCCCUUAUCCCAUUUUGAUGCCUUCACCACUUACCCGAUACACAGGGGAGUGUGCACUUCGCGGACCAGUCAUCCCUGAACUGCAAGCUGUCAAGGAGGAAAUCACUAUUCCAGAUAGCUUCAUGAAGCUCAGCUAUCUUAGCACACGUGCUGCUGGCUACCAAUCCCUGCUGCGUGUCAUCCUCUCACACGCAUCUAUUCCACCGGGUCUCAGCAAACUGCACGUAUCUGCUGUCAUCGAAGGCAGGAAAUAUCAGAAAUGGUACCCGGCCGCCCCAGGAAUAGUUUAUGUUUUGCCUUGGAACAAAACCGAUAUCUAUGACCAGGAGGUGUUUGGCCUGACUGAAGCAUCCGUGUCCGUGGGAUACGAGUAUGAAUCCUGUCCAGACUUCAUUCUGUGGGAAAGGAGGACGACGCUAAUUCAGGGCUUUGAGAUGAUGGGCUCCAGCUUGGGCGGAUGGACCUUGGACAGGCAUCACGUUCUCAAUGUGCAGAGUGGUAUCCUGCACAAGGGAAAUGGAGAGAACAUCUACAUUUCCCAGCAGCCUCCAGUCAUCAGAACAGUCAUGGGAAACGGCUACCAUCGCACCAUUCCAUGUCAUGGCUGCAGUGGCCUGGCUCUGGAGGCAAAACUAUUCGCUCCUGUGGCUUUAGCUUGCGGUUCUGACGGCAGCAUCUAUGUCGGUGACUUUAACUUUGUGCGUCGCAUCCUGCCUAGCGGAUACGCCUACAACGUUCUGGAGCUCAAGAACAGGGAUACACGACACAGCACUAGCCCGGCCCAUAAGUAUUACCUCGCAAUGGACCCGGUGAAUGAAGCUCUGUACGUGUCAGAUACAAGCAGUAGGAAAAUAUACAGACUCAAGAAGCUGAGUGAGCCCAAGGAUCCAGCCAAAAACAUGGAAGUGGUAGCAGGGACGGGUGAACAGUGCCUUCCAUUUGACCAGAGCCACUGUGGUGAGGGCAGCAAAGCCACAGCUGCUUCACUGAACAACCCCAGAGGAAUUGCAGUGGACAAAAGGGGCUUUGUGUAUUUUGUGGAUGGAACCACCAUCCAGAGGAUCAAUGAGAGAGGAGUGCUGACCACCUUCAUUGGCUCCAAUGGUCUCAUGUCUACUCAACCACUCAGCUGUGACUCCCGCAUGGACAUCACACAGGUGCGUCUGGAAUGGCCAACAGACCUGGCUAUUAAUCCCAUGGACAAUUCCCUCUACAUCCUGGACAACAACAUCGUGUUGCAGGUGUCGGAGAGCCUGGAGGUGCGUAUUGUAGCUGGCCGGCCAAUCCACUGCCAAGUCCCAGGGCUUGAUCACUCCCUGCUCAACAAAUUGGCUGUACAUUCCACUCUAGAGGCAGCUAAAGCAAUAGCUGUGUCACACCAGGGCCUGCUGUACAUUGCCGAGACAGAUGAGCGAAAGAUCAACCGCAUCCAACAGGUUACCACCAAUGGUGAGAUUUCUGUUGUGGCAGGAGCUCCGGUCGACUGUGACUGCAAAAUUGACCCCAACUGUGACUGCUUCUCUGGUGACGGCAGCUAUGCCCGUGAUGCCCACUUAGAAGCGCCCUCGUCAUUAGCAGUUGCACCCAAUGGGACACUCUACAUCGCCGACCUGGGUAAUGUCCGGAUCCGCUCCAUGAGCACCAACCAGCCACAGCUAAAUACAGCCGGAAUGUAUGAGAUCGCCUCAGUGGUGGACCACGAGAUCUACUUAUUCGGCCACAAUGGCACACAUCUUCACACCAAACAUCUGAUCACUGGUGAUUUCCUGUACAACUUCACCUAUUCGGCUGAUUGGCACCUAAGCACUGUGGUCAGUCGGGAUGGCAGUGCCAUCAACGUGCGGCGCGAUGCCAACGGAAUACCCCUUUGGUUAGUGGCACCCAGAGGUCAGGUGCAUUGGCUCACCAUCAGCAACAGUCGCCUCCUCAAGAGGGUCUCUGCCCAAGGCCACGAUAUCGCCCAGCUCACUUUCCAUGGCAACACCGGUCUCCUAGCAACAAAGACUGAUGAGAAUGGAUGGACAACGGUAUACGAGUACAACACUGAAGGACACGUCGUCAAUGUCACCUUUCCAACUGCGGAAGUCAGCAGUUUCCACAACAGCUUGGAGAAGUCAGUCCGGGUAGAAGUAGACAGCUCCAACUCGGAGAACUUCAUUACAGUCACUAACUUUUCCUCCUCUGACACCAUUUUUACAAUUCGCCAAGAACACGCACAGAGCACGUACCGUGUGAGCACCGAUGGCUCUUUCCAUGUGACCUUCGCCAGUGGCAUGGGCGUGACACUUGUUACUGAGCCACAUGUGUCAGCUGGGACAGUCAACCCAGCAGUGAGCAGGUGCAACAUCACACUGCCCAGCGAGCACAAUCCGAGUCUGAUCGAAUGGAGACAGCGGCAAGAGCAGACAAAGACCAACCACACGACCUAUGAGUGCAAGCUGCGAGCUCAUAACAGAAAUCUGCUGUCCAUAGACUUUGACCAUGCCACACGUUUGGGCAAGAUCUAUGAUGACCAUCGCAAAUUUACUUUAAGGAUUCUGUACGACGAGCUGGGCCGGCCCGUUCUGUGGUCACCCGGUAGCAAAUACAAUGAGGUGAACGUCACUUACUCGGCUACAGGCCUCAUCACCGGCAUACGACGUGGAAACUGGUCUGAAAAAUUGGAAUAUGAAAAUGGUAGGAUGGCGUCUAGAACGUGGGUCAACGGCAAAAUCUGGAGUUACUCGUUCAUGGAGAAGUCUGUUAUACUCCAGUUACAAAGCCAACGGAGAUACAUUUUCGAGUAUGACCAAACAGAUCGGCUUCUGGCCGUGACCAUGCCGAGCAUGGUACGUCACAGCCUGCAGUCCAUGCUGUCAGUGGGCUACUACAGAAACAUCUACAGUCCUCCAGACAGCCGAGCUCACACCAUUCAGGACUUCACCCGUGACAGGCGUUUGCUCCAGACGCUCCACCUGGGCUCAGGCCGCCGCGUCCUCUACAAAUACACCAACCAGGCUCGUCUGUCUGAGAUCAUCUAUGACACCACACUGGUCACGUUCACCUAUGAUGACUCUUCGGGAAUGAUUAAAACCAUCCACCUCAUGCAAGAUGGCAGCGUAUGCACCAUCAGAUACAGGCAAACAGGCCCCCUGGUUAUACGUCAGAUCUUCCGAUUCAGCGAGGAGGGCUUGGUGAAUGCUCGCUUUGACUACAGCUAUAACGGUUUUCGAGUCACCAGCAUGCAGGCCAUGAUCAACGAGACCCCUCUUCCCAUCGAUCUUUAUCGUUAUGUGGAUGUAUCCGGACGCGUCGAGCAGUUUGGAAAGUUCAGCGUUAUAAACUAUGAUCUUAAUCAGGUCAUCACGACCCACGCCAUGAAGCACACCAAGAUAUUCAAUGCCUACGGGCAAGUAGUGGAGGUACAGUAUGAGAUCCUCAAAUCGAUCGCCUACUGGAUGACGGUGCAUUAUGACAACAUGGGCCGCACUGUCGCUUGCGAAAUCCGGGUUGGUGUGGAUGGCAACAUCACACGAUAUUCCUACGAAUACGAUGCUGACAGCCAGCUCCAGAGUGUACUGAUAAAUGAACGCCCCCAGUGGCGCUACAGCUACGACCUGAACGGUAACAUCAACCUCCUCAGCCAUGGCACAAGCUCCAGACUCACGCCGCUUCGUUACGAUCUCCGUGACCGCAUCACCAGAUUAGGUGAAAUCCAAUACAAAAUAGAUGACGAUGGAUUUCUCCGCAUGAGGGGCAACGACAUCUUUGAUUACAACUCCAAUGGGCUCCUCAUACGUGUCUACAAUAAGCUUUCAGAGGAAAGCAUCCAGUACCGCUAUGACGGGCUCAGCAGGCGUGUUUCUAGCAAGUCCAGCACUGGGCACCACCUGCAGUUCUUCUACGCAGAUCUAUCUAAUCCCACAAGAGUAACGCAUAUGUACAACCACAGCAGUUCUGAAAUCACCUCCCUCUAUUAUGACCUUCAAGGCCACAUCAUCGCGAUGGAGCUAAGCAGUGGCGAGGAGUAUUACGUGGCCUGUGACAAUACCGGCACUCCACGAGCUAUCUUCAGAAGUUCUGGAGAAAUGAUCAAGGAGGUCCUGUACACUCCUUAUGGGGAUAUUUAUCAAGACUCUAACCCAUCAUUCCACUUGAUUAUUGGAUUCCACGGUGGACUUUACGAUCCUUUCACGAAGCUGAUUCAUUUUGGGCGAAGGGACUACGACGUCGUUGCAGGCAGGUGGACGACACCUGACUACAACUUGUGGGCCGAGCUCAGUGCCGACCCAAAGCCUUUCAAUCUCUACACGUUUAAAAACAAUUGCCCAGUGGGAAAUAUUGAAGAAGUUACUCAGUUCACGUCAGAUAUCGGCAGCUGGCUGAAGCUGUUCGGAUUUCAGCUCCAUAACGUUGUGCCUGGCUUUCCUAAACCCCAUGUGGAAGGCAUGGAACAAUCUUAUGAAUUGAAGACCCAAACCAAAACCCAGGACUGGGACACGAGUCAUGUUGUUCUGGGUAUUCAGUGUGAGCUACAGAGGCAACUAAGAUCCUUCAUCUCCUUAGAAAGGUUACCGAUGACUCAGUCCAUCCGCUGCCUGAACCAACGUUUGGACCAGACACCUCUUUUCUCGACCCUCCCUACCAUUUUUGGCAAGGGCAUAAAAUUCUCCGUAAUGAAUGGGGUUGCUUUGGCUGACAUCAUCGGCGUUGCUAGUGAGGAUAGUCGGCGCCUGGCGACUAUCGUCCACGGUGCUGUCUACCUGGAGGGUCUGCACUACACCGUGGAUGGGCGAGACACGCACCACUUUGUCAAGUUUGGGCAACUAGAGGACGACCUUAUUGUGAUGAGCGGCGCUGAGGGACGUGUCCUGGAGAACGGUAUCAAUGUGACGGUGACACAGAUGACAUCGAUGGCCGGUGGAAGGACCAGACGCCUGGCAAACAUCCAGCUCCAGUCGGGGGCGCUAGGCCUGAACGUGCGCUAUGGCGCCUCAGCCAGUGAGGCCAGAGAACAUGUGUUGGAGCUGGCAAGGGAGAGAGCAGUGGAGCAGGCAUGGGCACGCGAACAGAGCAGGCUUCUCAGUGGAGAGGGUGGCAGCCGAGCAUGGACCGAAGCUGAGAAGCAGCAACUGCGUUCGAGUGGGAAAGUGUCUGGCUACGAUGGCUAUUUCGUACUGUCAGUAGAACAGCAUCCCGAGCUAGCCGACAGUGCUAACAACAUUCAUUUUGUGAGGCAAAGCGAAAUAGAUACAAGGUAACGGUGGUACAAAUGCCGCCUUCUGGCCCUUUCACCAAAGACUGCCCCUUUCUAGAUUAAUCAGACUCUUUAUAUUAUAACAUAAAAUGAGAUUUGCAGGAAGCAAGCCUCAUCCGCCUUUAAUUGUGACAGAAUGAUGGUAUUUUAUUAUUGUUCAGGGUAGAGUUUCUACGUAGCACAAGCAGUCUUUUUUUUUUUUUCCCGUUCUUUCUCCUCCUCGCCGUGGCUUAGCCUUUUCUAUGUGAAGCGAAUUUUUUUUUCUUUCUUUUUCUAAAUAUAGUAUUGUUUCUUAAUUCUUCACAUUUAUAAACCUGUAAAGAUAAAAACAAGACACAGAAUCGAUAUUGCAUUAUCCUUGUAUCAUUUUAGUUGUCACUUUACAUAGGACACCUCCACGUAACAGAGUUGGACUUUUGUGCAAAAGAGGCCUUGCAAAUGGAGCACGAUACGAAAUAACGAGGUGACGAAAGAACAGGCCACAGAGAAAUCCGUACCGAAUAAGGCGUCGGAUUAGGCAGGUUAUUAUCGUCGUUAUUUUUCGUAAAAGUACGGACAUGAAACGGAUAUUGUACAUACGCACUGAAAAUGUAGAUGGUUUAAAAAAGAAAGUGCUGAAAACUUUUCAUAUAUGUUGUCAUCCGUCAUGAAGUAUUAAUAUGACUAGAAUUUUUUUUAUUAUUAUUAUUAUUAUUAUUAUUAUUAUUAUUAUUAUAUAUGCUAUGAACAUAUCUGCCCUGGAAAUCAGAUAUUAAUGAGUUUAAGAUAACUUCAUUAAAGCUAUUAUGUGUAUAUUACUGUAUUAUGAUACCUCGUUUUUUUUUUUUUUUUUUCCAAACAUCUGUCCUUUUUUUCAGUAACGUGCAGUGAAAAUGAGCGUUCAUGAACACUUUUCCAAUUCUGACACCGUACAGCACAACACAUUUUCGAGAAGAAAAAAAAAAACAAAAAAAAUCCGACUCGCCGUUAAAAAUCACUAUAGCCUGACGCUUUUUCUCUGCAACGAGGAGACACGCCCGAUGUUAGACUGACGUGUCUCGCUCAGGGGUCUUUGAUAUUGGACUCUUUCACUUUGAGCUGGCGUUUGAUGCGUGUGUGGAAAUUUCCCCCAAGUCAGCCCCUACUAACACAGCACCGACUGAUUGUGAGUUACUAUUUAAAAAGUUUGUCCGGGUGACGCAGCAGCUCAGGGACGUCUGAUUAUGCAGGCUUUUAUUCUUCUUCUCUGUCUCGAUCGAUUAAAAAAAAAAAACAAAACAAGAACUCUUGUAAUUUUUAAAAUCCUGCUCAGUAUAACUUUAAACACAUUGAUCCCUCAGAGAAACAGCUCCUGGACCCGUGUAAGCCUGAGACUAAAAUCAUAGGUCAACUGAACGGCACAUUUUUAAUGCGGUGAAGAAAAAAAUAUAUACAACUGGAAAUGAAUCACUGCAGGAGGAUAUAAAUGACACAGUUAUGUGGGUAUGAGACAGCCCACCUGCAUCUCACAGAGUUCUUUCAUGUGGUCCCAAUACGCUGCCUGCAGAAGUUCAUUUACAUACUUCCUAUUUACAUAAAACCUACCUGUGAGUUUUCUCAUUUGGUAAAUAUUAUAUGUGGUUAUGUAUUUAUCGAGGACAACGAUAUAAUAUUACAUUUCCGUGAGUGGCGAAAGUAUGUAAACCUUUUGCUUGCAGUAUGUGGUGUGACCCUGUUGUGCAGCAAUAACUGUUCCUGAAGAACAGUUCCUGAAGUCGACGUGUCGGAAGCAGGAAAAAUGGAUGAUGGCUAGACGAUGGAUGAUGGCUAGACGACUGGGUCGGAGUAGCUCCAAAAUGGCGUGGGGUGUUCCCGGUGUGUACUGGUUAGUACCUACCGAAAGCGGUCCAAGGACGGACAACCGGUGAACAUAAUACCGGAAAUGUCAUGAAUCGAGCUGGAAGAGGACGCGCGUCUAUAUCGUCUCGACGCACUGUGAAGAGGACGGGUCGAGCGGACGGAAAAUCUCCAGGGAUCACAGCUGGAGAGCUGCAGAUGUUAGUGUCUUGAGGUCAGAAAGUCUCCAAAACUACAAUGUGAAGUCACCGACAUCACCGCAAGCUGUUUGGAAGGGUUUCGAGAAAAAAAGCCUCUACUCUCAUCCAAAAACAAACUCGAGCGUCUUCAGUGUGCAGACACUACUGGAACUUCAAAUGGGAUCGGGUUCUGCGGUGAGAUGAAAUUAAAAUAGAGCUUUUUGGUAAUAAACACCAGAGGUGGUUUUGGUACACAGAGAGGUAGCCGUAUGGAAAAGUACCUCAUGCCCACGGUUAAAUAUGGAGGUGGAUCUUUAAUGUUUUGGGAAUUUUGUUAGGAUCCAUGGCAUCAUGGACUCCAUCAAAUAUCAACAGAUAUUAAAUGAAAACCUGACCGCCUCUGCCAGAAAGCCGAUAUAUCUUCCUGUUUGGCUGAUAGCACAUAACUACAUCCUUCCUUAUUCUGCCCACUCAGACGUGAAGCGAGCAUCUGACAGACAUUAAAGCGAUCAGUCAUCGUUCGCUUUUUAACGUGACGUUUAUGUGAAGUCACACGCAGCAACACUCCGGCGUGUAACAAAGUCUAGUACCGUGAGAUCCACAGCCCAGCGGUAGCAAACAGGCUCGUGAUGAGCUCCUGUGGGGAUACAGACAUGCAUGUAAUAAACAAAUUCAAACAAAACUGAUUGAACAUUUAAGUUAAGAGUCUUUCCCAAGGGCUCAACAGUGGUAGCUUGGCUGGGGUAGCUUGAACUCCUGACCUUCUGAUCAGUAACCCAGAGCCGCUAACCACUGAGCCACCACUGCCCCCUAUUACUAAAGCAACUAUGUGAGAUUUAUGAGGAACUAUGUACUGUAGAUAAAAAUACAUGGAAUUACACACUAUUUUUGUCUUUCCUUAAUGAGUGAGAAUUGGUCCGAUUUGUUCAUUAUAUUCCUUAUAAAUGUUACCGUUAAACUGCUACCGGAUUAAAGCACUAAUUAUUUAUAUGGUUGGAAAAUUAAAUAAUACAUAAGUUUUUAACUAAAAUGUAUUUUCUGUUUUAUUCUGCUAGAUGUCUGGCUAAACAAAAUCCUCUAUGGGAGUACAUUAUUGAGCCAACACCAGGGAAUUGUACUAUUAUAUUACAUAAAUAUUAUGCACAAUAAAUGGUCAUUUAGUUUCACCUAUUUUCUUUAUGUCUAAUUUACUGUAAGUAAAUUUGUGUAAUAUCUGCCUCAUAUCGGCCAAUCUGCCACAUUGCUGUCCGGAUAUCGGCAUUGGGCAUUAAACAACCCAUAUCGGUUCACGACUAGUUCCAUCGUCAAUAAAGA